GUCCCGUAUUAUCGCAUCGUCGCAAUCUUCAGUUGCUCCCCACCACUUUUUCCCCUUCCCUACCACGAGAACCUUGUCGCGUGUUUUUGGCGUCCUGAAUGAUAGCUCGGCCGUCGGGGAUGGUCGUUCUUUAAUGGCACUCACUUCAAUCUUACCUUAGCCGACUAGUUUGUGCAACAAUCGCGUGUUUCCUCGCCGCCCAACCGACGACAAUGCCGUGGCCUUACAUCGAUACGCCGCGCACCGAAGUGGAUGGGAACGCGACCUAUCUCACCAACGGCUACCGCAGCGUGGGCCGACCCAAUUUAACGGCACUCGACUCGGUCGAAAAUUCAUUCCAUACGCCAUCCAAGGACAACGAUGUGCUCAAAGGGUUCGGAGGCGCCGAGAACGCGAGACGCUCGCCCGCGGGCUUCAAGCUUAGCACGCCACGAGCGGGAUCCGGCCCAAAGGCGAGCAGAAGCGCGUUGAACAGUAGACACGGACUUCCAAACACAGCCAUCCCGAAGGGGGAGUUUACCCCCCUGAUGAGAAGCGCGACGAAGAACAAUUUCCUGAAGAACGUGUCGACGACGCGAAGGCAUGGGUCCAAGACGCCAGGCUAUACGCGAACAAGCUCGUUGAGCGCGGUCAACACCCCUGGGUUGCCGUCGAUGGAGAUGACGGAUAUUGAUGAGGAGGACGCGACGGAUGAGCAGCGGACCCCAAUGCCUCAGGACAGUAGCAUGCAGAGUACACCGCUCCCGGCUUUGUCCAGGGAAGGAGGCAUGGACGGGCAGCAGAAUAUGAUGUCUUUACGGGAACAGGAAAAGAUGAUUGAUCAACUCGAGAAAGACAAUUUUGGAUUGAAACUGAAAAUUCACUUUCUACAAGAACAACUGCAGAAGGCGGGCCCCUCGCACAAUCAAGCAGCGUUAAAGGAAAACACCGAACUCAAGGUUUCGAAAUUGACGAUGCAACGCGAUAUUGCACGAUACAAGAAGAGCCUCCAACAAGCCGAGCGCGAACUAGAAUCCUACCGCAUUGAAUUCCAAGAGCUGAAAGAAAAGUCACGGAGGCGGCAAUCGGACGACACAAUACAGCGCGAGAUGGAUUUGAUGAGGGAGGAGGUGGAAGCGAGGGACAACCAAAUCAGAGAGCUCCAAGAGGAGCUACGAGACGAAAAGGACAACCAAUCACGGGAAAUGGAGAAGCUUCGAGAUGAAAUCGAGGAUCUGGAAGCAUCGCUAAGGCAGAAGGAUCGGACGAUCGACGAACGUGACGAGGAGAUAGAAGAAUUGAAGGAUAGGGAUGGCAAGGAGCGCGAUGCCCUCUCCGAGCUGGAAGCAGAACUUCAACGUGCGAAAGAGCAAAUAGAAGAGCUGCAGGAUUCGCUAAGCCAAGCUAAGCUAGAAGCGAGGGAAGCGAGAGACGCCGGACUAGAGGCCGUCAAGGAGAAGGAACAAGCCCAACAAGACCUCCAGGAAUUGCAUGAUGAAAUGGCAAACAAGUCUAUCAGCACGAGUGGACUAACCCGUCAGCUCGAAGAGAAGGCGAACAAGCUUGAGGAGGACUUGCGGAGCCUACAGCAGGAGAACAGCACUCUCAAGAGAGAACUCGACAACAAGGCCCGGAACGAGGAUCGUCUCCAAGAGCAGUAUCGGGAUGGCCAGCGGAGCUUUGAUGACAGGGAGCGCAAAUUCCACAAUGAUCUCGCGCAGGCAAGACGGGAAUGUGACCUUUCUCGGCAAGAACGUGAUAAGUUGGCAGCUCAAUUGCAGGAUGCACUGGACGAAAUCCAGCGCAAGGCUGAUGAGAAAGAACUGCUACAAACCCGACACAGCGCUUUGACGGAUGAAUCUGGUAGUCUACAACAUGACUUGGCCAACGCACAAAACAAGAUUCGAGAGCUACAGCAAGCGGUCGAGGACGAAAGACAUCGUGCACUGGACCAAGCCAACAUUAUUCGUACUCAAUACAAGGACGAAGUCGAGAGGCAGCAAGAAGAAAUUGAAGCCCUGCAUCAUGAGAUUGAGGACAAAGAAGGGCAUUUUGCGCUUGAACAGGACAGAUGGGAGAGCGCAAGGCGAACCCUGCAGCUCCAGAAGGACAGGGCUGAGGAUCAGGCGGCUGGCUUUAAGCGCACGAUUGAGAAGCUCGAACAAGUGGAGCAUACUCUGUCUGGAAAAGAGAUGAAGUUGCAAGAAGUCAUUGACAGCGAAAAGACGCGACAUUUUAACUCGGAGGCUGUCCUGAGUCGACAGGUCAAGGAAUUGAACGACGACCUGACAUCAAAGCGAGAGAUAAUUGACGAACAGAGGAACGAACUCUUGUCCACCAGAGAGGAAUUGAGACUUGUACGACGCGCAGAGACGACUCUCAAAGAGAGAGUCCAAGCAUUAGAGGAUGAGAUUGUGGUCCUGCAAGCAAACCUGGAAGAAGAACAGGAAUUCGCUAAGGGUCGUACACAGAAAGGAUCCUUGGAGCAGGACAGCCAGGUGCAAAAACUGUUAACAGAAAAGCAAAGACUUCGGGAUCAGCUUGCGAAUGCCCACGUUGAAUUGCACGACUUACGGACUUCUUUUACCGAGACUGAAGCUGAACGCGAUGAGCUUCAAAGCCAACUUGACCAGGUUCAAAACCAGGUUGACGACACGACACGUUUCGACAAAGAGAAGGUUGACCUGCGCAAGUCGACUCUGCGUCUCGAAGCCGAGCUCAAGCGCCUAAAGGAAGACAAGUCAUCCCUUCUUGAGACGAAGGAAACACUGGAGAAACAGCUUAGCACUGAGAUUGAGCGUGCUACGCUGGAAGAGAACCGUCUUUCGGCAGAAAUCGACCAGCUCCAGGAUAAGCUACACACAACUUCCGGAGGCAGGGAACGUGAACUCGCUCUCGCCAAAAGUAAGAUACAACGUCUCGAGAGACGUAUCCAAGAACUCGAAACACUCCUUCGCGAGCAUCCGCAUACUGAGCCUGAGCUUGAGCAUUCAACUGCACACGCGGACCUUUCGAUGCUCCGUCAUGGCUUAGACGAAGCACGGAAACGUGAGAAGGUGCUUCUCCAGCGGGAAGCUGAGCAGAAAUCGUCCGUGCGGGCCUACAAGGCACGAAUUUCCGAGCUCGAGAGGGAACUGCAUGAAUCCUUGAUGAAUAAGUUCGAAACUCGAUCACCAUCAUCGUCACCCUCAAACAAGCUCCAUGAUGAACUCCGCAGCAUGCGGAAGCAAUUGUCCGAAGCACACCGAGCACUCAAGGAAGUGAAGCAGAAGAACCGCGACCUGGAGCGAGCUGCCAUGAGAGAAGAAGACCAGCGUGACCUCCAUGAACUACUCAAAUCAUCCACCCUCGAGGCCGAAGCGCUCGCCCUCAAGGUAUCGGAGCGUGAUGCCCGUCUCAACGAGCUCAAGUCCCAAAUGCGCCGAAUCCGCGAUGAGCGGUCGUUCUGCGCGCGUAGAGCCGAAAUGUCUCUCAAGGAACUCGAGGCUCUGCAAGAUCGUUACGACCAGCUUGUGGAGAAGCUGGGAACCAGGACCGACAGCAAGACCCGACACGACAAGGAAAUUCUGGGUCUCGGCAAGGAGAUCAUCUGGCUCCGUGCUCGUCUAAAGCGAGAGGAGAAAUUCCGUCGCGAUCUGGCUUGGAGUAAAGGAUUGAUGGAGCUGGGCGAGCGCGUCCGGGUUGCAUGCAACGAAGCCGACCUGCGCAUGAUCUCAGACAUGGGCGUCAAACCCAGAGACCGCACCCCCCUCCGGACUCCCCAAGCGAAACUCAAGACCGCCAUCUCCAUGGUCAAAGCCAUCGUCCGCAUGCGACGAAUGAGCCAGGACUGGAAGAAAACCAAAAAGAUCGGCGAAGGGUUGAAAAGGGCCAAGAACGAAGUCAUGAAGCGAAGAGAGUCUUCGAACAAAUACUGA